CACAAUCGGUUCCGGUACGAGUACCAGUACUUGAAGCUCCUCUGAAAGCACACACACAAUCCCCUUGGCUGGUCUUCUUCAUAGACAAGAAGAAAACAAACUGGCAACAAAGAAACAAUAUUGUAAGUUGUUGCAAUAGCUACACCAUCACAUAGCACACAGCACCAAGCGAGAAAACACAAUACUAUUGUGCAACUAUCCCCGGCUACUAGGCCAGAACAAAUCGUGCGAUCAAAACUAGUUGGAAAGGUGAGAAAGUGGUGAUACCUAUCUGGUGGAAUUGGUUUUAUCUGAACCAUUCUUCUUUCGCUGCUGCUUUGAACCACCCGGCGCUCCCUGACAUAGAUCGAGAUUGUCUCUUUCGCUUGCUUGGCUUUGAAACCGUUCUUGUAUGGCUUCUCAUAACAGAUUCGAAGUWCUUUGGAGCAGAGAUUCACAUAACAGCAGCAAAACCCAACCAAGCGCUCUCCACUAUGGAUCUCAACGACGACAAAGGCAGAAGCAGCGGCCUACCGCAAACGACAACGAAGAAACCGCCUCCCCAACGGCAGAGUCGUAACAGUAACUACCGCUCCGACCAAGAGGAAGAAAAGAAAAGCUCCGGCAACGAAGACAUCGAGGUUGCCAUCAACGACGGCCGCUCCAUCCUUUCUUCCAGCACCACCGCCACCACGAAAACAGCUGCAGCCGCAGCCCUUUUGGAUCAACAGAUCGAGGGGCAGCGCCAGAAGGGAGUCAACAACUUUGAUGACAAUGCCGGCGGCAAGUCUCGCCCCGAUGCCGAUGCCGACCGUGCAUUCAAACAGAAAGCCAAGGCCGCAAGGAUGAGUGCGGUUUCCUCKGGUGCCUACCGAAAGCCCCCGCCACCUGGUUCCGUUGCUGCUCCUGCUUCUWCUGCAGCGGUUGCUACGGCUCGGGACAUGUCGGACGCCAUGGCCAAGUCCCGAGGCCGUCGGAAUGCAGGCGCCAAGAACCAACAAAAGCGACCCGUGCCCGCCCAUCUCCGGGACUCUUCCACCGGUGGACACCGCAACGGCGGCAACACCGGCAGCAAGAACCAGACCAACACCACCAAACUGGAACGAUUGGAAGAAGAAGUCGCGGCCAAGGCRAGGGGCAAGGCACCCACUUCCGCUGGCGCGAGAGCGUCGGUCACCAARCGGAACCCUCCAGGCCUCUCCCCGAACAGAUCGCAAUCCGAAGCCUCGUCGCCCGGAAGCAGCUUCACGGCCGUCAAACGCAUGAACCGAAUGGAGGCAGACAUUGCCGCCAAGGAACAGUCCCGUGCCAGUCGGGGUUCGGGGGAUCGGCCCGCCGGCAAGCGCCUGGAUCGGCUGGAAGCCGACGUGGCCGCCAAGGAACGGGCCAAGGCCAGCCGUGUCACCGGGAAGAAGGCGAGUGCGAUUGCCAGGAAGCUUGCCAAGAACCAGCAGCAACGCGGUGCUCCGGCAACGGUWCCGGGGGCGGUUUCUUCCACCGAAGGUGGCGGCCGAGCCGCUCUCCUCGCCAAGAAGAAGAGGAACGUUGCUGCUUCCGUUGCUGCCACGGGAACUUCCGAAGGUGCUGCUUCGUCCAAGCUCAAGAAAGCCCCUCCCUCCCACGGAGUGAACCACCUCGUCGGUGGCGAGAAACAACCCAAGCACGAAUCUCCGGAUGCUUCCGAUGGUGGUGCCGGUGGUCCGACGAACGUACCUCCCGGAACGGGUGGCACGGAGGUCGGGGGUCGCUACGAAAGUGAUAGCAACAACGGCCUGGCGGUGGCCGUUGCUGUUCGCGAGAACGAGGACGUUUUCAUUCCCUCCGCUGUCGAAUACGACCCGGAUGCCAUCAAGUAUCCCGUGUACAAGAACCAACGCGUGCGCGURUAUGGCCUCUUGUUCUGCAUCUUGCUCAUCAUCGUUACCGCCUGCACGAUCGGGGUCUUGACCAUUCUACAGAGASAGGACGACGAGCAGCACCAUGUACCUACCGAGUCCCCGACGUGUGCCCGCUGCACCUUGGAUUAUAUCGAACAACUGGAACUGGAAGUUGGAUCGCAAAAACUCAACGACCCCGAGUCUCCGGAAUACCUUGCCAAGGAAUGGAUCAUACACGAGGACGAGAUGCAGCUCUUGCCUACGGACCUCAAUUUUAUUCAGCGGUUUAUCAUGGCCGCCUUCUACUUUGAUACACACCAAGUGGCCCCGUGGCGGUCGUGCAACCAGCAGAGUAUCGAUCUUGCCGACAACGAGACCGAAAAAUGUGACUUUUUAAAGCUGUCGGGCAUCAAACCACUGGUAUUCGAAGCAUGUGAGUAUUUUGGUGAUCGCGCUCCCRAAUGUGUAUUCGCAGCAAAACACAGCGACGCGAAUCGUGGUUUCGGAAAUCUUCACCGUCUKUCUUAAUCUCUCACCGUCAAUCCUUUCCCCUCCCUUUCUACUUUUUGGGCAGUCCCGGCCAACCGCUGGUUGAGUUCCGUGCACGAGUGYGAGUGGGCAGGGGUCAUCUGCGACAAUCUCAUGCAGAUUCGAGUCAUUGAUUUGCACGGGCAGGGAAUCGAGGGAACCUUCCCCAGUAGUUUUCAGCGGCUGCGCUACGUCCAGACCGUUGCCAUGCAGUGGAACAAUUUUACGGGGCCUCUCCCGGRUGGCUUUGGCCAGAUGAAAUACCUGAUCCAUGUCGAGAUGCACAACAAUAGGUUCACGGGGAGCUUUCCGAACAGCUGGUCAUCCGCUCGGAACCUUCAGCUCUUGAACGUGGCAGAGAAUUUUCUAACUGGGCAAAUUCCCACCAGCGUUGGGAAUUUCCGWAACAUCAAGGGCCUAUUCCUCUUCAGGAACCAAUUUUCGGGAACCUUGCCGCCCGAAUUCUCAAAUACCAAGUCGCUAGGUAUGUAAAAUGGUUUGAAUGCCUGAUUCUGUGCUACCAGUAUCGUUGUCCAAUGAAUGGUAAUGYAUGCUGUAACAAGGGACGUAGCUGUAUGGCCUCGUGCACUUGCAUAGACUCACAAAAUAGUCGUUGUGUUUCUUCGACAUUCCUUUGCAUUUUCCUCUCGAUUUUGACGAUACACGAAACUCCUGAUCUUCGCAUCGGCAGCAUUCAUGCGCUUCCACAAAAACGAGUUGACGGGUACCAUCCCUCCCGAGUUUGGCGAUAUGCACGUGAACGAGCUUUGGCUGCACAAUAAUGAAUUGACCGGCACCCUCCCCACUGAGCUUGGAAAACUAACUAAUUAUUUGACCGACAUCCGUAUGAGCGAAACUUCUCUCGAGGGAACAAUCCCGGAAGAAAUUUWUAAAAUGUCACAGCUGUGGCGUCUCGAUCUCCAUAAAUCGAAGUUUACCGGAACUAUUAGUCCCAAUAUCACCAAACUCGAAGGACUGCAAACUCUGCGUCUUAGCAGCAACGGUUUCACUGGGACGCUUCCAUCCGACUUUAGCAGCAUGACAAAUCUAAGAACCGUAUGGUUAGACGGCAACAACCUGUCUGGGACGAUUCCAUCGAGUAUCUGUGAUCUCAAAGAGGAGCACAUUCUGGAAUUCGUCCAGGCAGACUGCCUUCCGGAUCCGUCCUCGGGACAGCCAUUGGUAACUUGCGAAUGUUGCGAUGUGUGCUGCAGCGCCGAAACGGGGGCCUGUCAAUUCUAGAAACAGGAGUGAUCUGUGCGGAUUCCUCGUUGUGGCGACAACGAUGGUUUAAAGGGAUGUAAAGUGUCGUGUU